AUGUCUUCAUUCUACGACAACGACAACGCCUGGUCUGCCGCCGGCCGCCAACCCUCGUGGGAGCAACAGCCGCCUCCAUCGCGCUCUGGGACCGCAUCCGCUGCCUCACACCAGUCCGACUCGAAUGCCUUCGCAUCUCAAUUCGAGGAGAUUCAGCGUGCAACCGACAAUCUCAUGAAGAGUGGCAAGUGGCAGGUGGCCCCCGUGGCCGGCAGUGGCGCCCCCGGUGCGCCAGGGCGAAGAGAGAGCAUGCCGGGGGCGGGACGCGGACUGGACUACAGCUCCGACCCUCGCAUGGGCGGUGCUCGCCCACGACACGCUUCCGUAAGUGAGUAUGAAGGCGGACGCCCAGGCUCUGCUGGGCUGCAAGGCUACUACCAGGGUCAGCGUUUCCCCGGUGGACGGCAGAGCGAGGCAGAGCAGAUGCUACAGGCGAAGCGAAGAAUGGCUGCUCAGAGGGAACGCGAGCUGCGAAACUACCACCAGGAGCAGCAGUACAACCGGAGUGAGUAAAGUGAGGUCGUAUGCGCAGCAAUUGCGCGAGGCUAAUCAUUAACCAGCUGUGUCAGGUGCCACGUCCGAUCGCUCGAUGAGCCCAGCGACGAUGAACGAAGAGGACCGCCGCGAACUGAUCGCGCGUCAGCAUCGCGCUCUCUACGGCGACAACUCGAGUCUUUACAAUGCCGACGGUUCUCAGCGAUCUUCCAGCCAAGACGUGCGAGUCUCAAGCGCAGGCAGGGGACCAUCACCCCUGGCUUACGACCCAUUUGGUGUGCAAGCUCAGGCUGGUGCAGAAGGUGCAGUUCAGAUGCCACCGCGCGACCGCGCUGAAAGCACCGCGUCUCCCGUCUCUAACCCGUCAGCUCAGCAGGCUUUCGGGCGACUGAGUGAGGCUCAGCAAAGCAGCCGCACCUCGACCUCCUCGCCCGGCGCAUCGCCUCCUCUCACGGGAGGACCGAAAGGCAGCAUGAGCGGCGUCGCGCCCAUUGGCACUCGACCAGCCCAAGCACCCGGAGGAGCCGCCAUUGGGUCGAACAAGCGCUCCAUCACGCCUUUAGCACCAUCGUCACUGAGUUUCGGCUUCAACGCCAGCGACCGCCAAGUCACGAACCAGGCCAAGGACGAACGAUCGAUGUCUGCGAUUUCCAACCCGGCACUUGGUGCUGAGAAGGGCGUCGCAGGUCUCGGAAACUGGGGCAGCAACAGUGGCGUCUGGGGCUCUGGCAAGAAUACUUUGGUUGCCCAGCCGUCUGUCUGGGGCUAG